AUGCGCCACGCCUCACGCGCGUCACGCGCGGCAGACGUGGCGUACUUCUCGGGCAGCGAGGUGCGGUGCCGCGACGGGUCGCGGUCAGUGGCGGUGCAGCGGGUGAACGACGACUUCUGUGACUGCGCUGAUGGCACCGACGAGCCGGGCACGUCAGCAUGCGCGCUGGCGCGCUUCUACUGCGCCAACCGCGGCCACAUGCCACUCACGCUCUUCUCCUCGCGAGUCAACGACGGCAUCUGCGACUGCUGUGACGGGUCGGACGAGUACGCCAGCGGGGCGGGCUGCAACAACACGUGUGUCCAGAUGGGCGCCGAGACGCGCAGCCAGCUGGCAGCUGACGUGGCGGCGGUGAGGGAGGGCGUGAAGCUGCGAGGCAAGGCGGUGGUGGGGCACGUGGCGCUGAGGGACAAGUGGGAGCGCGAGGUCACGCACCUGGAGGAGCGGCGCGCACACCUGGUGGAGCAGGAGAAGGCGCUCAAAGGUGAGAAGGCGCUCAAAGGUGAGAAGGCGCUCAAAGGCUUGACCCGCCCCCGGGUCGGUGAGAAGGCGCUCAAAGGUGAGAAGGCGCUCAAAGGUGAAUGGUCGUUGCUCUCUCACAGGUCACCCAUCACACGCAUGCGUGCCCCGACCACCUCACCGUGCCCCGACCACCUCACCGUGCUUGACCUCAUUCUACCUGCCUGCCCUCUUGUCCACUCCUGCCCCACCUCUUUCUCCUCCCCAUCCUGCACCCCAACCCAACCCCCUGUCCGUGUGUCCUUGUGUGCGUAUCUCUUCCUCGCCGUUGGCUACGCAACGUGCCUGCCUCACUGCAUCGCCUCCAUCUGCCGCCCGACCUGCCGCCCGCUUGCCCAUCCUGCUGCCGCCCACUCGCUGUCCUGCUGCCCGACUCGGCACCGCCACCAUGCCACUACCCCCCCCACCUUGCGGGCAUGGCAUGUCAGAGCACAUGCACUCGCUGCUCGCCUCGGCCUCUCUGCCGCCAUUGCUGCUCUUCCUCGCCCUGCUCGCCCUCCUCCUCUGCCACCGCCCCCUGCGUGCGCUGCUGCUCGCCCCCCCCUGCGCCUGCCUGCGCCUGUGCCACCGCACCAUGGCCUCGCUCUGCCCCUGCCUUGCCGCCCUCACGCCUACCCGCAGGCGCCACCCCCACCACCCCUCUGGGCGGCGGCGCCCUAA